UUUAAAGGUUCCGUGCACUCAUUCUUUCAUUUCAUUGCAACUUCUUCAACAAGAGAAAAUCAAAUAUCCUUUAAGCUUUGUGAUUGUUAAGGAUGUCUAUGGAGUUUGUGUGUGUGUCUGAAGCUCCACCCAGGAAGAUGUUUGUGGAGGAACUGAAGUCUGUGUCUAUGAAGAUGCAUACAAGGGAGCAGGCUAGGGAUGGUGAGAAGCAACCUAAGCAACCAGAGGAGCGAUCUGUUUCCAAGUGGGACCCUACCAUUGAUGGAUACCUCAAGUUUCUUGUGGAUAGCAUGGUUGUUUUUGACACUCUUGAGAAGAUCAUCCAACAUGCUUUUUACCCUUCAUAUGAUGAAUUCAGGAACACAGGGUUGGAAAGGUGUGCAAAUUUGGAAAAAGAUUUGAAGUGGUUCAAGGAAGAAGGUCAUGCCAUCCCAGAACCUUCUUCACCAGGUCUUAACUAUGCCAAGUAUCUCAAGGAGUUGUCGGAGAGCGACGAGCAAGCCUUUAUCUGCCACUUUUACAACAUCUACUUCGCACAUUCAGCCGGUGGAAGAAUGAUUGGGAAAAAGGUAGCUGAAAAGUUGCUUAACAAGAAAGAGUUAGAGUUUUAUAAAUGGGAUGGCAACCUUUCCCAGUUGUUACAGAACGUGAGGGACAAGCUGAACAAAGUUACUGAAGGAUGGACUGAAGAAGAGAAGAAACGUUGUCUUGCUGAAACGGAGAAAACAUUCAAGAUGUCAGGCGAGGUUCUCCGUUUGAUACUGUCACGAUCAUAGGCGCUGCUGCCAUGAUACCUCUGUAAAUAAUGCGUUCAUUUAUAAACUUUAUGCACUCUCGGAAUAACAAUGAAGGACGCAUCAGUGCACGCGGCUUCCAUCUGGUGCGAUUUGCAGAAAGUAAAUACAUGCAAUGACUAUCUUAAGGAUUUAAAUUCAUACUAUUGGCUGGGGAUCCAUCUUCACCUGGAAUAAUAUACCAAUGAAAUCAAAAAGAAACAUGUAACUCAGAUAUUGGAGUUGUACAGUCAUUAUAAUUAUAUAAUUAAAUAUUGUCUGUCUGGUGCAUUACUUUGAGAAUGAGCAUUCAUUGCCCUGCAAGCUAAGAACAUUUUAUGAAAUGUAUCUAACAACAAUAUCCUUUAUAUUAUGAUGAUUGUGAAGCAUAUGCUAUUAAAUUUUCAA